AGGAACACGGGACCUUGCUCAUGGCGCAGCGGAAGGGCUCAAUGUCCUUGCUGCCAGAGCCAGAGGCUGAAAAGAGCCAACCAUUGCAGACAAGCCCGCCUUUGCAGACGAGCCCACAGGCAGUUGUCUCAAAUGGGAGGGCUCGCCAGGUAGCACAGCCCAAGUUUGCGAGAGGUGCCCCACAGGCGAGAUCUUCGAAGUCUUUGCCACCGAAAAAAGAGGCCUCGACAGGAUGUGAAUCGAUGGCCGGAAAGGCUGGCUCCAUCCAUUACACUCAACCCCAGGUUCAAGCCAGACUGAUGGAGGAACCACCAAUGCUGAACUACAGCGGACGCCAGGGCUCCCUUUCCUUGUUACCAGACUUGCCCGUCAAGCCACAUAGAGACGUCUGUGCCGCCCGGCCUGACGAGAUGGAGGCUGAGCACACAGACUUGCCGCAGGACGAUGUGCAAGAGGCGUCGAACUUGUCGCUUCAAGACUGGGCAGAGGGUCAUCACUACGGUGACAAAGACAGUCGGAAAGAGGGCCAUACCACGCCAACAUCUGGGACACAGACGCCAAGGACGAAGGCCCUCUCCGAGCCCAACUCCGACUCUGGCCCAGAAACGAUGGAGCGGGUGUUUUCCUUGUCUGCAUUGGAUUCACUUCUUCAAGAUCCAGAGGGCAAAGCGGAUCUCCGGCAUCAACUUGAACUUGAUGAACUGGAAGAUCGAAGACCCAAGUACACAUCGCGCCACUUGAACAGACCUGUGGUGGUUGUGUCCUCUGAAGUGAACCCGUGGUCAAAAACAGGUGGCCUUGCGAUGGUGGCAGGUUCGUAUGGCUAUGAAUUUGCCAUGCGAGGACAUCGCACAAUGGUUGUGUCGCCUCGCUAUGCCGCCUACGAUGGUGCUCACUACGUCGGCUACACCAAGAUUUGGUUAGAUGGAAGAGAGCACGAGGUUCAGUUCUUCCAUCUCUAUCAAGAUCUUGGUGAUGGCAACGGCACAGACUACAUCUUUGUUGGUCAUGAUUGUUUCAGGCGUGGGGGUCUGUAUUGCGACCCUCACACUGGCAAGGAGUACCUUGACAACCUGUUCCGCUUCUCUCUUCUUACCGUUGCUGCGCUAGAAGCCCCGCUUAUUUUGAACAUUCGGGGCCACACCUUUGGGCAGGAUGUUCUGUUCAUCGCCAACGACUGGCAGACUGGUUUGUUGCCGGUCUACCAUCUCUACAAGUACCGCCGCAACAACACCUACAGAAAUUCCAGAUGCAUGUUCGUGAUCCACAACAUUGGCUAUCAGGGCAAGUAUCGCUUGAGCAAGUUCCCAAUUGACAGCUAUCUAGGACUUCCACCGGAUGCAAUUGACCUUCUGCAGGGUGAGGACUUGAACUUGCGCAAUGAUUGCAUGAACCUCAUGUCGGCUGCAAUCCUGGCAAGUGACAGAGUUCUGACGGUCUCACCAAACUAUGCUGCGGAGAUUCAGAGCCCGGAAGGAGGUCAAGGACUACAUGAAAUUCUUCAGCAGAAGGGCCACCAGCAGCGCAUGGCUGGCAUCUUGAAUGGUAUCGCAGAUGAAUGGAACCCAAAGACAGACCCGCAUAUUCCGACCAACUAUAGCCUCAGAAACUUUGAUGAAGGCAAGGCACUGUGCAAAAAGGAAUUGCAGAGAUCCUUGGGUUUACAUGAAGAUCCUGGAGCUGCUUUGAUCGGCUUCUGCGGCCGUUUGUGCUACCAGAAGGGUGUUCACCUCAUCACACAGAUCAUCCCGUGGUUACUCACCUACGAAUCCAGUGCAGUGCUAGGACGCGUGCAAGUCAUUCUGAUGGGCAAAGGUGAAGACACCUAUGCAAACCAGUUGUCGGAUGCCGAGAAUCACAACAAAGGACGGGUCUGUGGCUACGUUGGAUUUGACCCAAAGAUCGAGCACCGCAUGCUAGCAGGCUGCGACUUCCUCAUGAUGCCGUCCCAAUAUGAACCAUGUGGCCUUCCACAGAUGUAUGCUCAAGCAUACGGAACUGUGCCAGUGGUCCACGAAACUGGAGGUCUGAAGGACUCUGUCUCCGGACUUUGGGAUGAGCACAGGGACCGCGAAACUGCAACAGGGUUCCUGUUCUGUGGCUUCGAUGAAAAUCAUUUGAAGGAGCGAAUGUAUCAGGCCCUAGAGGUGUUCCACAAGAAGCACGACCUUUUCAGACAAAUCCAAAUGAAUGGUCUUCGGAAAAACUACUACUGGCCUCAGGCCAUUGACGAGUACGAACGCCAACUUGAUUGGACUUUGGACAGUGACGCAGCCGUGAGCUAGAGCUCAGCUCGUCUCGGUCAGGUGCAUUCAGGUGCUGAGGGCGGUGCUAGGUACCUUUUGUACUGGCACAGCAACUACAACAAUUCACAGGGGUCUUCCUCAUGCUAAUGAUGCC